AUGACAUCCAACAGCCUCAAGACAGGAGGUCGCCACCCCCGCAAACCAUCACCCGAACCAGCAAAUCAGCGCCCUGAUAAGCAUCACCCAACGAGCCCUGAAACCUUACCCCCACCCACACCCAAUAACCCCAUCCCUGAACCAGCACGACCACCUGCCUCACCCAUUUCUUUCUCUCCAGUACCAUCCCCCACCCCUUCACCCCCACCAAUCCUACCCCCUCUUCAGCAUCCACAGCCUCACCGACCACCAUUCAUACUGUUGGAUGUUGGGGGAAUGGAACUCAUGCAAGUUCCAUUCCCCCAACAUCCCUCUCCUACCCAUCCUGAUCCCCCAGGGCCUGAGGAUGAAGACCGGGCCUCCCCAGAGGCUAGCGGCAAGGAUAAUAAUGAUGAUGAAAGGUUUGAUGAGUCACAGGUAAAUGACAACGUUGAUGAGGAAGCACAGCUGGAACAAGAACCCGACGAAGUUGACCAGCCAGAACAACAACCCGAUGAGGCAGCACAAGAAUGGGUACUGGAACCCUUCUAUGCUCCGCUGCUGGAAUUACUACGCUCUCCAGAUUGGGACGAGUUCGCAAGCCUCCUGAAAGAUAUUACAGAGGCGGUUCAAGCCCACUGCAACAUCCGAAUAGAUGACAGUAGACCAGCACCCACAGCCAUCGAUGUCAACGACUGCAAGGCGAUCCAACUCCUAUAUAGAAGAAAUAGAAGACGUGCGGUAAGGCUGAUUACAUCAGGGGAAAGUAGCCGCUGCGAUAUCCCUUGUGAAAUAAUAGAGAGGCACUUUUCCGAGGUGUUGGCAGCCCAACCACCAAUAGGAGACCCAGAAGCACUCCAAUCCAUCCCUGAAGCGCAGGAAGAUCGCGCCUCAAUCAACUUAGACCCAAUCAGAGAAGGGGAAGUGGAGGUCAGGCUUAUAACGGUCAGAGAACAGCGCCCCAGGGAACGAUAG